CCGCAGUGCAUGCUGGUCUGGAUCUCUCCGCUGCUGUUUUCCUCCUCCCGGGGUCUCCGGUCCGCCUGUGAUGCUCCAGAGAGGACCCACCUCCCGCUGUGCUCCAGACUACAGCUAGCCUCCCGGGAGGCGAGUCCCCAUGCCAUGGCCUCCAGCCACAGCUCCUCCCCAGUGCCUCGUCCCGGCGGCGGAGGUCGAGACGGGAUCUUCCGCAAGGAGCGAGAUCCUCCUUCCCCGCCUCGCUUCAGAUCCAUCCGCUCCCUGCCUGACGUCUGCCCCAAGGAGCCCACAGGUGAGGGGCGGGGCCUGUGCGACGGCCCCUCGGUGGUGGCGGAGCACGACAGGUGGACGGUGUACAGCUCGAAGGUCAACCUCCCCGCCGCGCUGAAUGACCCUCGUCUCGCCAAACGGGAGUCGGACUUCUUCACUAAAACAUGGGGGCUGGACUUCGCGGAGACGGAGGUGAUGCCCUCCUUCUACCUCCCCAACAUCACCAGGGAACACUUCGGGCCCUACCUGCAGGAGACGGCUCAGAGAGAGAGAAUCCACGAACGCUGCAAGACGAUCUGUCCCAACAAAGACGACGUGGAAGCCGUCUCCAGUAUCACCUCCAACCACGAGAAGUCCCGGGCUGAGCUGGAACAGGUCCCGAAGAUCUUCAUGAAGCCUGAGUUUGCUCUGGAGGAUCCCGCCACCUUUAACGCCGUCCUGCCCUGGUCUCACUUUAACAGCGCGGGGGGGCGGAGCAGCAGAGACGUGGCGUCCUCCAAGCUGCUGCAGGAGAAGCUGAGUCACUACCUGGACGUGGUGGAGGUGAGCAUCGCCCGUCAGAUCUCUCUGCGCUCCGAGGCGUUUUUCCACGCCAUGUCCUCUCAGCACGAGCUGCAGGACCGCCUGCAGGAGACGCAGCGGGCCGUGGCCGUCCUGCGGGGCCGGACCGCCAACAUCGACAGGGUGAUGUGCGAGGGGCCCCUGCGGGCCCUCCGCACCGCGCUGACACGCAACAACUGCGUGAAGCUGCACAACAAGCUGAAGCUGAUGGCGGCCGUGCAUCAGACGCAGCCCACCGUGCAGCUGCUGCUCUCCACCUCGGAGUUCGUGGGAGCGCUGGAGCUCAUAUCCACCACCAAGGAGGUGCUGCAGCAGGAGCUGCAGGGGAUCCACAGCUUCAGACAUUUAGGCUCUCAGCUGUGUGAGCUGGAGAAGCUGAUCGAUAAGAUGAUGGUGGAGGACUUCAGCAUGUAUGCCCGCAGCGACCUGAACCGCAGCCUGAAGGACGAGCCGCUGAUCCUUGAGAAGGAGCGUCUGGAGUCCCUCGUGUUCGGUCUGCUGCGUCAGAGGAAGUUAGAUUUUCUGGAUAUUUACAGCGAUGAGAUGAUUCUGGCUGCUAAAGUCAUCGUCACUCAGUGUGUAGCAGAAAGUGUUUUGCACAUAGAAGAAAUAGACACUGAAGUCGUCACUAAGCUAGCUGAUCAGAUGCGUGUGAUGACGUUCCCUCAGUGGUUUGAGCUGCUGACGAACGUCUUCGAGAGUUUCCUUCUCUUCCUGCAGAGAAUCAAGGUGACUCUGAACGUGAUCAGAAACGUGGUUCUGGAGGUUCUGUCCUCAAACCAGAAGACCCGUCUCCUGGAGGAGGCCGCUGCAGGCUCCUCAGGCCAGGAGGUUUCCCCGGGCCCGUCCCCCCUGCAGGGGGAGGCGGAGCUAGCCUACCUCACCCACGAGGGUCUGUUCAUCAGCGACGCUCUGAACGAGGCCCAGCAGCAGCAGCAGCAGCAGGCGGUCCUGGAUCAGAGCCCUGUGGUGGGCUCCAGGGUCCAGCAGAGCCGGGUCGAGGCUGCAAGCAGCGGGUCUGCCACAGGGGGCACAGAGAGCUCCGUCAGCCGGGAGCAGAGUUUCAUGUCCGGUGAGAACAUGAUGCCCUCUGAUCUGGAGCUGAAUCGAAUAAUCAACAACCUCCAGGAGCUGCUGCACACGGCCUCCGACGUGAGCCACGACCGCUGCGUCAAAGUCCUCACAGCCCGGGCCAAGGACGGCUCUCUGGAGCGUCUCAGCUCGGCGGAGUUCGUGUGUCUCUCUCAGGCGGUGGAGGGAUUCGUCAGGGACACGGAGGAGCUGAGCGGCAGACGCAGCAUCUCCCUCAGGGGGGCGCUGCAGAGCCAGGCCAACCGCUUCGUGCAUCGCUUCCACGAGGAACGCAAGACCAAACUCAGCCUCCUCCUGGAUAACGAGCGAUGGAAACAGGCCGAGGUUCCUGCCGAGUUUCAGGAUCUGGUGAACUCCAUCGCUGAUGGCAGGAUAACACUACCAGAGCGCAAAAUCCCAGGUCCAGAAGACCGGAAGCCCACAGACUUCCUGCUCGUCAACGGGCAGAAAUACGCCGUGGUCGGGACGGUUCUGCUGCUGAUCCGGAUCUUCCUGGAGUACUGUCAGUGUGUCAACGACAUCCCAUCCAUCGCCACCGACAUGCUGACCCGUCUGUCCGACCUCCUCAAGCACUUCAACUCUCGGAGCUGUCAGCUGGUCCUGGGAGCCGGAGCUCUGCAGGUCGUCGGCCUCAAGACCAUCACCACCAAAAACCUGGCGUUAGCUUCCCGCUGCCUGCAGCUGGUGGUUCACUACAUUCCCAUCAUCAGAGCUCACUUUGAGACCAAGCUGCAGCCCAAACAGUUCAGCGUCCUCCGUCACUUCGACCACAUCACCAAGGACUACAACGACCACAUCUCAGAGAUCUCUGCUAAGCUGGUGGCCAUCAUGGACAGCCUGUUUGAGAAGGUUUUAUCAAAGUAUGAAGUCAAAGCCCCGAUGCCCUCCGCCUGCUUCAGGAACGUCUGUAAGCAGAUGGCCAAGAUGCACGAAGCCAUUUAUGAGCUGUUACCUGAGGAGCAGACGCACAUGUUGUUCCUGAGGAUUAACGCCAGUUAUAAGAUGCACCUGAAGAGGCAGCUGGCCCGGCUCGGGGUCGUGAAUGACGGAGGACCACAGAACGGGCUGGUGGUCGUGGACGUCGCCUUCUACACCGAGAACAUCCAGGCCCUGAAGAGUCUGGAGCGGCUCGACCUGAACAUGGCCGAGAUCUGGGAGCAGAAGAGGUGAUGGAGGACGGAGACCACACGUCUAACACCGACCCGCCGGCCAACCCGGUGACAAGGGGGGGCGACCUCAGGGGCCGACGAUGGCGUGCUGAGGGCGGAGGAGUUCCCCACAGGGACCAAAAACCUACGAGGAGAGGAGCGGGGACACUCUGGGACUUCCUGAGCAGCUCCACCUUAAAGACCUCAUACAGUAACACUCAGAGCCUCCGUAAAACUGCUGCCACCUGGUCUCACUGUGCGAUCCAACCUGAUCCCUGAGGACUGGUUAGAGACGGUUUCAGGGGGACCGGAGGAGAGCGAAGGACAGGUGGGGUAAUUUAUUUUUGUCUUCUUGAAACAUUCGAUACUGUGGCUGAUUUAUUUUCUGCAGCGAGGCGGAGCUGAAGGGACUUUUAUCUUUGACACUGAACUCAAACUCCUCCGUCACUCGGAUCCCCGGAGGAAGUCCAGGUGAGGACCUGAUCCCGCCUGGAGAGGAACCGUCCUCUCUACAAGGUUCCUCCUCUCCAAACUUACAAACAGCUGAUUUAGUCUCAGCUCUCGGUGACGGCGGUUAAAACAGACUUUUAAACUUUUAUACGCAGAAUAAGAUAUUUUCCAGAUUCUUGACUUCAAGGUCUGGAGAUCCAGACCGCUCAAGGUCCUGGAGGAUCCUGGAGGAUCCUGGAGGAUCCUGGAGGAUCCUGGAGGAAGCAGGAGCUGAGGACAGAAGUGCAGUUUAAGAGUUUACUCCCUGGAAACAUCCAGACUGUGAAGCUCCAUCAUCCGUCGUUACCAAAGUCAAACAGGAAGUAGACUCUUAGUGCACUUCCUGUUCGGUCCCCGGUCUCUGUGAGGAGAGAGAUUUUUCUACUUGUAGUGAAACGAUGAAGAGUGACUGCAGAACAUGAAGCAUGCUAAUCAGCUGUUCACUCCUCAAACUGCUGUGGACUCCUCCCUCCUGCUGUGGUUUGAUUUAACCUGCAUGAACACAACGAGAGCUUUUCGUUUCCUGCGGAGAACGAGCGACACGAGCGGAACAGAAAAUCUGAUUCAAUCAUUUCAUCUCACGUCGUUCUUCUUCCGUCUCUGAAGGGAAACAAACGGAGGAAAGACGAACGUUUAAACGAACGAUAGAAAGAAAAUCACACUAACUUCUCCUUUCUUUGUUGUUGUGAUACUCGCCCUGACCACAAGAGGGCAGCAGUGCAACAACACCCCAUGAUGGAAACAGGAAGUAUUCCUGUGUCCAUCAUGGUGACUUUGAUCACCUCAACUUUCUUUUUCCUACUUUAUUUGCCUUUUAUUCAUUUCCCCCUUUUUUCCUUGUAUUUAUUUUUUUUCCUUUUCCCCCUUUUUAUAAUUUUUUUCUUGUUUUCCUUUUUAUUCAUUUUCCCUUUUUGUCUUUUUUUUUCCUUUCUCCCUUUUUUCCUUUUAUUCCUUUUUUUCAUUUUUUCCUUACACCCUUUUUAUUAUUUUUUUGUUGUUUUUCUUUUUAUUCAUUUCCCCCUUUUUUUCUUUUAUUCCUUUUUUUUCCUUUUCCCCCUUUUUAUUAUUUUUUUCUUCUUUUUCCUUUUAUUCAUUUUCCCGCCCUGCGUUUUCAGAAUAAAUCAAAAUAUCAAGUUUAAAUCGAAACUUUCAAUUUUAGUGACCAAAUGAAAAUAAAUCAGGCACUAAGAAGAUCUUCUUCUUCUCUUUUUUUUUUAGAUUUUGAGGAAAAAUCAAUUGUUAUUUUUGGUUGUGAAACCUCACUCUGCUGAAAGUUCUUUUUUUAUUUACUAAAUUUAGACACGUACAAAAUUUAGAAAAAAAAUCCUUCAUUUUUUUUAUUUUUGGUACCCAAACUUUGCUUCUACUGUUUUUUUCCACCUGUUCAACAGAAAGAAGCUGGUUCAGAAAUUCAGACCAAAAAAAAAAAAGAACAUAAAA